AUGCAUCCAUUCGGAUCCCAGUUGCUCAGUUCGCAUUACGCUGCCAUAGGCUGGGACCCUGAAAACGAUUACGCCCAGUUGACCAAACCGACCCGAGCAUUGCUCGAUCUGAACUUCCUGCCUGGGAUCCAUUUUUCAUUGGGCAAGCUGCCUGCACAUCAAUUUGCCAAUUCCGCGUCACUUUCCGUCCUCAGUUCGCCUUCAAACAUUUACCUCGACCAACGAACGUUGCCCCAGUCGUGCCCAUACCCGACCCUAACAGGCAGCUUCUCUUAUGUGGCAUCAAGCAUCCAGUCCUUUCAAUUCAUUCCAACCAGAUUGGCCGCACUGACCACGGUAGUCGAUCGAUUCGCAGUUCCCUCUCCCCCUCCAAAUAAGUCGGCCGAUCAGCGCAAUGGUACUUACAUGGCUCAAGACUACUUGCUUUAUGGACGUUUUCACCUUCCAACGUACAGGUUAGAUGCCUUGUACUCGUACCAAUUUUCUCCAACUUUGCAAGGCUUGGCAACAUUAGUAUCGGUCCCCUCUUCCUCCUCGAAUCCAUUAGGAAUGAGCGGCAAUGGCACCAAUCAAGAUGGCUCCCCGACUAAUCAUAUGUCCCCGAAUGGGAUCGGAGGCCCUUCGAUUUGGAACCUAAUGGUAUCCAUGAAUCAUGACACUGGAAAAUGGUCACAGCAAUAUAGUUAUUCGACGGAGGAUGGCCUUUUUGGAGCCCGUGUUUUGCAUAACUUUCCUACUACAACCACCGCCAGGCGGCGAGAAAACAAUCAGGCACUCGCCAAUAAUAUUGCUUCAGAAGGCCAGGUCACGCUGACGUCAACCGAUCGGAAGAAAUUAAUUGAUGAAGAUGAAGUGAUGGAUAACGUCCUGAAAGGUCGCUUCUCUGUCGGUGGCGAACUAUACUUUUCAGCCCAAAGAAAAUCGGCAGGCGUUUCAACUGGAAUUAGGUUUUGUACAAUCCCUGAUCCUCCCGGAGCCGCUUUAACCCAACAACCAACGGUCAUCAACGCGACUUUAAACCCUAUAAUGGGACAAAUCAGCACCUCUUAUGGUACGAAAAUCGGAUCCAAUCUAGCUAUGGCCACGCGAUUUGAUUUCAACUUUUUUUCGUUCGAUUCGGAUAUUACGUUUGGCUUAGAAUGGCUCCAAAAGAAACGGACCAAGAACUCUCAACUUAAUAAUCAAGUUCACGAGAUGCUUGCUGGGGGAGCUGACGAACAAAGAGGCGUCAAGACAGAAAAGUCAUACCUGGACUCGACGAACGAGAAGCAGGAUGCCAACAGAGCUUCUGGGGUUUCAAACAGUCACUUGAUUCAUUACUUCUGGAGGACAGUUUCUGGAGUAGAGGAUACUUUAAGUAUCCUCAGAGCUAGGGUUUCCCCAGUAACAGGAUUAACAUUAAUGUGGGAAGGCAGAUGGAAAGAGUGCCUGAUCGGGAUCGGCAUCCAAUCCGAGUUUUUGGUCUCCUCUCCCUCAUUGUGCUUACCAACAUCACAUCCUUCAGGUCUUGACAAAAAGCUUAAGUUAUCCAAUCAUGACCGUCCCCAAUCUCCAUUGAUCAAAGGCAUUUGUUUAGAGCUUCAAUAUACAACUGAUAAUUAG